AGGGGGCUAAGGGCCACCAUUCUCGGUAAAGCUAGUCAAAGUUUGACACAAACAAACAGCGUCUCUGCCGUCAACCUAAACGCGCUAACGCUGCCCAAACACACAUUUACAACCAGUCUCCCCCCGUACCCCCGCAAUGAGCCUUUUAUUUUGAAUGUAGUGACCGGAAGCUGUAUUUGUAACUCGGAGUUUUGACCCUGUUCGGGCUAUAGUGGAUGUAGAUGCUAACGCUCGGCUGACUCCAGGGCACAAACGUUAGCUAUAACGCUACAUGUAUGAAAAAGUAAAAACACAGAAGGAAACGUGGAACUGAACACACAUGGAUCCUAACCGGAUAAUCCAGGCUCUGAAAGGGACUAUCGACCCGAAUCUGAGGAUAGCGGCGGAGAAUGAACUCAAUCAGUCCUACAAGAUCAUCAACUUCGCUCCGACCCUGCUUCAGAUCAUUGUAUCGGAGCAGGUGGAGUUUCCCGUUCGCCAGGCAGCGGCCAUCUACUUGAAGAACAUGGUGAGUCAGUACUGGCAGGACAGGGAGCCGUCUCUGGGCGAGGUUGUCUUUCCCUUCAAUAUUCACGAGAAUGACCGGCAGCAGAUCCGAGACCACAUUGUGGAGGGCAUUAUCCGCUGUCCAGAAUCCAUACGCGCCCAGCUGACGAUGUGCCUGCGAGCCAUCAUCAAGCACGACUUCCCCGGCCGCUGGACCGCCAUCGUGGACAAGCUCGGCAUGUACCUGCAGUCUCAGAACAGCGGCAGCUGGUACGGCAGCCUGCUGGCUCUCUACCAGCUGGUCAAGACCUACGAGUACAAGAAGGCAGACGAGAGGGAGCCUCUGCUGGCAGCCAUGCAGAUCUUCCUGCCGAGGAUUCAGCAGCUCAUCAGCCAGCUGCUGGUCGACGCCACCAUCUUCUCUGUCCUCAUCCAGAAGCAGAUCCUCAAGAUCUUCCAUGCUCUUGUACAGUACUCGCUGCCUCUCCAGCUGAUCAAUAACACAGUGAUGACUCAGUGGAUGGAAAUCCUUCGAGCCAUAAUGGACCGGGACGUCCCUGCUGAGACGCUGGAGGUUGAUGAGGACGACCGUCCUGAGCUGGCGUGGUGGAAGUGUAAGAAGUGGUCUCUGCGCAUCCUCACCAGACUGUUUGAGCGGUAUGGAAGUCCCGGCAACGUGACGAAGGAGUACUACGAGUUUGCAGACUUUUUCCUGAAGACGUACGCAGUGGGCAUACAACAGGUCUUGCUGAAAGUGGUGGACCAACACCGGCAGAAACAGUACGUCACUCCUCGAGUCCUGCAGCAGUGCCUGAACUACCUCAACCAGGGCCUAUCACACUCCCUGACCUGGAAACAGAUGAAGCCACACAUGCAGGCCAUGUGCCAAGAGGUCAUCUUCCCUCUCAUGUGUUACAAAGACGAGGAUGAGAAGCUCUGGCAGGAGGACCCGUAUGAGUACAUCCGCAUGAAGUUCAACCUCUACGACGACCACGCCCUCCCAGCCACCGCUGCUCAGAGCCUCCUCUGCAAAGCUGCCCGCAAAAGGAAGGAGGUUCUUCCUCAGGUGAUGGAGUUCUGCCACCAGAUACUGAUGAACCCCUCUACUGACCCCCGCAAGAAGGACGGAGCACUACACUGCAUCGGAACUCUUGCCGAGCUUUUACUGAAGAAGCGGGUGUACAGGGAGCAGAUGGAGCUGAUGCUGCAAAACUAUGUCUUCCCUUUGCUCAACUCUCCUAUGGGUUACCUGCGAGCCAGAUCGUGCUGGGUGCUCCACUGCUUCAGCCCGCUGCGUUUCCACGACGAGCUGAUCCUGAGGAACGCCGUCGAGCUGGUCAAGCAGGACCUGAUCGACGACAAGGAGAUGCCCGUCAAGGUGGAGGCUGCUAUCGCUCUGCAGACGCUGGUCAGCAACCAGGAACAAGCCAAGCUGUACAUCCGGCCGUACAUCCGGCCGGUCAUGCAGGAGCUGCUGCAUGUGGUGAAAGAGACAGAGAACGAUGACUUGACCAACGUCAUUCAGAAGAUGAUCUGCGAGUACAACCAGGAAGUGGCCGCCAUCGCUGUGGACAUGACGCAGAACCUGGCGGAGAUCUUCACCAGAGUCCUUCAGAGUGAGGAGUAUGAGGAGAAUGAGGACAAGACCGUCAUGGCUCUUGGCAUCCUUAGCACCAUCGACACCAUCCUCACUGUCAUGGAGGACCACAAGGAGAUCACCAUGCAGCUGGAAGGCAUCUGUUUGCAGGUGAUCGGCCUGGUCUUGCAGAAGCCCAUCAUAGGUAUGGCAGAAUUCUACGAGGAGAUCCUGUCGCUGGCGUUCGGCCUCACCUGCCAGACCAUCUCGCCCCAGAUGUGGCAGCUGCUGGGCGUCCUGUACGAUGUCUUCCAGCACGACUGCUUCGACUACUUCACAGAUAUGAUGCCUCUUCUGCACAACUACGUCACCGUGGACACAGACAUGCUCCUGUCCAACCCGAAGCACUUAGAGGUCAUCUACAGCAUGUGCAAAAAGGUUCUGACCGUAGAUGCGGGCGAGGACGCGGAGUGCCACGCCGCCAAGCUGCUGGAGGUCAUCAUCCUGCAGUGCAGAGGCCGAGGCAUCGACCAGUGCAUCCCUCUGUUUGUGGAGGCGGUGCUGGAGCGUCUGAUGAGGGGGGUCAAGUCCAGCGAGCUGAGAACCAUGUGCCUGCAGGUCGCCAUCGCUGCCUUGUACUACAACCCGCCCCUGCUCAUUCACACCCUGGACAACAUGCACUUCCCGCACAAUCCGCAGCCCAUCACGGCCCACUUCAUCAACCAGUGGAUGAAUGACACCGAGUUCUUCCUGGGGCUCCACGACCGUAAGAUGUGUAUCAUCGGCCUGAGCGUUCUGAUGGAGCUGCCCAGCCGGCCGGCGGUGCUGGAGGGAGUGGCGGCUCAGAUCGUCCCCUCCAUCCUGCUCCUUUUCCUGGGCCUCAAACACCUCUACGCCUCCCGCCUCAUCAACAAACCGGACCUGCUGGCCCGCGCGGGGCCUCAGGACGAGGACCAGAACGAGGAGAUACCCAGUGACGAAGAUGAGGUGAACGAGAACCGGAACGCCAUGCAGCAACAGUCCAGUGCACCGACGGGCCAGGGGGGCGAGGAUGAUGAUGAUGAUGAAGAUGACUACUGGGACGAUGACGACGGCUUCGAGGGAACACCCCUGGAGGAGUACAGCACGCCUCUGGACUACGACAACGGAGAGGACGAGUAUCAGUUCUUCACCUCUGCCCUGCUCAGGGUCCAGAACACUGACGCAGCCUGGUACCAGACACUGACAGCUCCUCUCAGUGAUGACCAGAAGAAGCAGCUGCAGGAGAUUUACAGCAUCUCACAGCAGAGGAGGAGCACUGCCGCCAAGGGCCAGUGAGCGAUGGGGAGACCCAUGAACUACAGGGUCAGAGGAGGAGAAGAAGAAGAAGAGAAGAAGAGAGCAGCUGGUCUGAGCUGACCUGAAGAGAAUUUCAGUCUUUUCUGAAAUGAUCUCAGUCCAGAUCAGACCACAUCUUAAUGGAUCCCACAAAAACCAGGUCCCAGGGUGUCGUCAGAACUGGAUGGAGUAGCAGGGGCUGGAUUGGCAUUAUAUCAGUUUGUUUGGGACCUAGUGCACUGUAUAGAACCACAGCCCCUACUGGAAUAUUCCUAUCACCAGGACAGGACUGCUGGCUUGUGUGUGUGUGUGUGUGUGUGUGUGUGUGUGUGCGUGUGUGUGUGGGGGGACUCCAGAGAAAGGUCUGCAUUAUAAGUAUAAAUGUCCUUGACCAGCAAAAUUCAUUUAAGUUCUCGUACAGUGCAGUCCUUUGGUCUACGCAAUUGUGUGUGUGUGUGUGUGUGUGAGUGAGUGAGAGAGAGCGAAACUGUAAAAAAUAAAAAAACACAUCAAAGUGUGUGUGUUUGUACGUACUGUAAGCGCUUGUUUUCAUCUCUCUAUAGCUGAACACUUUCUAUCAUCUCAUGAAGCGAGAGAAGAAGAGCUGGACGUCUGUCAGGGUUCCUCAGACGCAGACCGAGUUGGAGAUGGACAGAGGUUAGGAGACAAAGACUUGUGGACACUGAGGUGGAUCUUGGGAGAUUCUAUUUUUGUUUUUUUUGUCUUUCUGUUUGGGGUUUUUGUUUUUGUAACGGUUUUCAGAACUAAUUUAAGAAAAUCAUAAAAGCUCAUGUAACAUUUCACCCCCCCCAAGUUGUUCUCGUUCAUUCAGUCCAAAGCUUCACAGCUGCCUAGAUUUUACAAAACGUCUGAAUUGUUUUAGCUGUUAUUCUCCAUUGAGCUUUGUGAAAAGUGGGUAACAUUUAUAUUUGUACAAGAUUUCAUGAUAGAACAUCUGAUAUUUGUUGAGAUAUUUCAACAAUACCUACGAUAUUGUCACAGCUGGAGCUGCAUGGCUAGCAUCUAAAGGCAUAGGACACUUGCGCUGUGCCAUCUUAGCUACAUUGCUAAUGUUGCUAGUAGUAGAUCUUCAAACUGUGUUUUUGUGACAAGCCUGAUAUUAGGCUUCUCCUGUUAUUGUACAGUUGUGGAAAUUCUUUUUUCGUCCAACUUUCUGUUCAUUCUGUGGUCAACAGCAAUUGGCUGCACCCACAAAGUUCAG